UGUUAAUUGUGAAUCUCCCCUGAAUUCCUUGGCCAAUCACGUCAUAGAUAUCUGAAUGCUGUGAAUUUCAAAACCACCAAGCCGGUCGCUGUGCAUGUGAGGUGUGUCCAUCGCAAUCCCCGGAAAAGUGGCAGCAACAGGUAGAAAAGAGUUUCAUUCUUCAACCUUGCACUUUAGUUCCUAACAUCAGUAUGUCUCGUCAGGGAUCAGCUUUAUCUGAACAGGAUCCCAAUGUGAUCCGUCGUGGUGUGAGUAAGCUGAGACCACCUUCUAAGCUCCCACAGCCUGGACUCAAGAGGAUGCUUUUAUCUGAUAACCAGGCUGAAAAUGGUGCUCCAGUGGCUAAGAAAACUCGGCUCGAUAUGACUAAACCUGCACCAGCUAAGAGGCCCACCGUUCCUGCUACACGGAAACUUGGUCCUUCAGCCACUAGUAGACCAGGAAUAACAAAACCAGUCACUAGACCUACAGUUGCUAGACCAGGUCCUGCUACAAUGAGACCACGGGUCGGAGCUCAUACCAAAGCAGCACCUGCUAAACCAGCAGCAAAAGCUAGACAUGCAGCAGCACCCGUUACUAGCAGACCAGGUGCCAGGGCAAGCAAACCCACUGCGCCACCUCCAAGCAAACCAGCUGGUGGUGGUAAGAGCAAGAGACAGCCAUGGGAUCUAAAGGGUCGGCUAGCAGAUAUGGAGGCUGCUAUGGAAAACAGGACAAUGUCAAAUCAGAAUCUGGAAGGGAGGAUCGGUGAGAAUAAUGAGCGCAUCGAUUUCUUGGAGAGCUUGAAUCAACAGCUUCAAGGGACUGUCCAGAUUAAGGAGACCCUGUCUAACCAGGCUGAAGAGACUAUUCGCUCGCUAGAAAGGAAACUCAGGAAUGCGGAGGACGAGCAUUCCAUAGUGGAGCGACGUCUUAAUCAACAGAAAGACGACUUGGAGAUGACGAUGAGAAGUCUGAAACGACAAAUUGAGACUGUAGAGGGCGAUCUUACAGCAUCACGUCAGGAGUGUUCGGGUCUAAAAAGCUCUAUAGCUUCCAUGACAGCAGCACAAGCUGGUCAUAUAGCGCAGUUGGAUGCCACUAAGCACCAGCUAGAGCAGUCUGUGGAGUCUUGCAGACAGAAAGGUAGCAGGAUCUCCGAUCUGGAAGCAGAGGUGGCGGCGCUCAAGGCUACUGUGGAGGAGAAAGAAGGGAGGAUCAGAGAAGAUGAAACGAUGAGGAGAAAACUCCACAAUACCAUCCAGGAAUUAAAGGGUAACAUUCGUGUUUUCUGCAGGGUUCGACCUCUUCUUGGAUCUGAACAGAUUGGUGGAGAUGACAUCCCUCAUAUCAGCUUUCCUGAUGUCGAUGGUAAAACACUUGUACUGGACAAACUCAGUGACGUCAGCCUUAACGAGAGUACUAUGAGUACAAGGAACGGGCGCAAUGGAACGUCCCAUUAUGAGUUUAACUUUGACCAAGUAUUUGAACCAGACUCCAAUCAAGCAGAGGUCUUUCAGGAAAUCUCUCAGCUGGUGCAGAGCACCCUUGAUGGAUACAAUGUAUGUAUCUUCGCCUAUGGGCAGACGGGAAGUGGGAAAACCUACACAAUGGAAGGUCCUGAAGAAGUGAAUGAAGAGAACAUUGGAAUGAUCUCAAGAGCUGUCCAGCAGGUCUUUACAUCUGCUAGAAGUCUAGAAGCUAACGGAUGGAAGUACACAUUUCAAGCCAGCUUCCUUGAAAUCUACAAUGAGACUAUCCGAGACCUGUUGGGGGCGCCACACUCUAAGGUCAAGCAUGAGGUACGCAUGGUUGAGGCCAAGUCCAAUGAAGUUGAGGUGACGAACAUCAACAUUGUAGAUGUGCAAUCAGAGAAUGAGGUGAACAAACUGUUAAGCAAGGCAUCUCAGAACCGGGCUGUGGCAGCCACUAACUGUAAUGAGAGAUCAUCUAGGAGCCACAGUGUGUUCAGACUAAAACUCACUGCUAUAAACACACUCACAGGGGAAAAUUGCCAAGGCACACUGAAUCUAGUUGAUUUAGCUGGAAGUGAGCGACUCUCAUCAUCAGGUUCCACUGGUGAUCGUCUUAAAGAAACACAGAACAUCAACAAAAGUCUGAGCAACCUGGGUAAAGUUAUCCUGGCCCUAGCAAACAAAGACUCUCAUAUUCCUUAUAGGAAUAGUAAACUCACUCAUCUGCUUCAGAAUUCACUGGGAGGCAAUUCAAAGACACUGAUGUUUGUCAACAUUUCACCCAGGGAAGAAAGCUUCCAAGAGACGCUUUGCUCACUAAGAUUCGCCACCAAGGUUAAUGAGUGUAACAUUGGAACUGCCCAAAAGAAGGUUAAAUAAGCUGACCUGUGAGAGCGCAUGGAACUUGAAGGAGAUACUAUGUAUCCAACAGUGUCCAAUGGCCUAGCUUGUACGACCCUAAAACCCUUCUGAUACAUGCCCAAUCAUGUACACAGUGUGUUAGAACCAGUAAGCUUGGAGACCAUGAUAUGUGAUAUGUAUGUGUGUGCAGCACACGAACAUUAGUACGGGAAUGCCUGCAUACAUACACUCAGCUAUUGAGCCAGAAUACCCAUGCUGCUAAUGCCUUGCUGAUAUGGUGUUUAAUGACUUCAUAAAUCGUCUUUAAUAAUCUGAUAAUCGUUAUAAUGAUUUAUUUUUGAAGCACUUCAAAAAGACACGCUAGCAGCACAUAAAAGUAUGACAUGUAAUAUAAAUUCACGUUAUUAUCUAACUUGAUGAAUAUAUAUAUAUGUUCACAUGCUGUGGAUACAAAUUUAUAGAAGUAGGUCAAUUCCAGAUAUUUCGCAAUUUCUUUUUUCACAUCAGGUUCGUUAUUCUGAAAUCAUCUAGUGCACAUUUAUUUAGUACCCACGGGACACAUUCUAGGGUUAUUGAGACAUUGGAUGUUGUAAAACGUUGUUCCGUUUCAACGUGUUCAGGGCACCUCCCUGCACUAUUUUUGUCUUGCCUACAUAGCAAAAGCGUUCUUAUUCAAUGAGACUUGGACUUAAGGCUUAUCAAGUAUCCCCAAUCUUGUGAGUAGAAUUUCAGGUCACUAAGUUAAGGUCAAAAGUCAUUUCAGGUCAACAAACUUAGACUAUGUUGUGGCAUCAACAUCAAAAUCUUAACCAAAGGUUAAGAUUUAGAAUUUUUAACAUUUAAGUUUGAAAGAAUUACAUUCCUCAUUAUAUCCUCUUCCAUGAAACUUGGACAUAGGGUUAUUAAGUAUCACCCAUCAUAUGAGUAGUCUUUUAGGUGACAAAGUGAAAGUCAAAAGUCAUAUCAGGUAUGCAAACUUAGACUUUGUUGUAAUCUGGUAUCAACAUCAAGAUUUUCAAUUUUUAGCAUAAUUUCAAGUGUUUGUUCAAAUUCCAUGAAACUUGUACCCAAG